CCAACAUAACCAGUUUCAUUUCUUCUAUCUACCAUGGGCAAAAAAGAAUCCAUAUUCAUCACAAAAUCAUGGGUUUUCGCUUGCCAAGAAUUGUUAAAGCUAAGAGUUUAAAACAGAGUCUUUCGUUUUCGGAGACGACAGCGGAGCCCAAAGGCCACUUUGUUGUUUAUGUCGGAGAAGCUGAUGAAAAGAAGAUAUUCGUUGCCCCGAUUUCACUUCUGAACCAUCAUUCAUUCCAAGAGUUGCUGAGCGAAGCUGAAGAAGAAUAUGGAUUUAAUCAUCCUACGGGUGCUCUAACAAUCCCCUGCAGUGAAGAAGCCUUCCUUGAUCACAUCUGCAGCUUCCAAAGGUCAUAAAGUUAGAUUCUAUAA